UUUACUUUUUUUUUAAGUAUUUUCAAAUAAUUUAAAUUUAAAAAUGCUUCUGUAUAUAUGAGACUUACAGUAAAAGGCUGAAUUGUAAGAAAAACUCGCACACAGAGCCUAAUGAUGUGCCUUAUGUUGCAUCUUACUACUUAUUCGCACUUUUUAUAUUCGGUGAAAACUUGUUCGGCAAGGAUAUGAAUGUAACCACAUUUGCUGAUCAAUACAUUUUCAUUAAUUAUACUGAGUAAUUUAUAUUAUAAGGAAUCCAACCACGAUGGAUAUUGAUAUAGAAAUUAUUGUAGAAUGAAAUUUUUAAUAUGAUUUAAUUUUAAAUAGAUGUUUAAUGCUUGUUAACUGUGAGGGCAACAAAGAUAGUUGUGUUUAGACCUUUUAACAUUAAUUCCCAUCUAACUCAACCCCAGUAGCACUACGUACUGUACCAGUAAAUACUAGUACUGAUAUAUACUGUACAGUAUCUUUACAUGUACUUGAUCUUUUAUCAUGCCUUUAUCCUCCUUUAAAAACAAACCCAGGUUUUAUUACAAAACCAUCUGGUCUCAUUUUGUAAAUUUAGUCUAUAUGAAUAUCUCCACUGGCUGCUUCUCAUGUAUUGUCUAGAGGGCAAAGAACCUGAAUAACAGGUGUGCAUUAUUGUUGACAAUAGAAGUAGGUCAAACCGAACUGCUUGACGGGAUACUAUUUUGAAUUUAAAAAUGGCGGCCUCCGUAUUGCAGGUGCCCGGCGAAAACAAUUGUAAUGUUUUGCAGCUCAGCGGCUUGCAUAAUUUUCCAAAUUCGUACGGAGUUGUGGAGAAAGACAUGCUGAAUAAUUUAGAAUGGAAUGGGGAGUUAUUUCCAAACAAAGAAGCUGUUUUGCGGCAAUCGAGGACAGAGUUCCACAAAGGUCGCCAAGUUGCCAUCACGAACGUCCCACCGGUAACGUACGAUGAAGUAAAGGAUUUUGUUGGAGGCUAUGAAAUUUUCAACAUAUCUAUCAGCAAGAAAGCAAGGAGAGCUGUUGUAACCCUUGUGGAUGGAGACCAGGCAGAUGAACUGGUGCAGAAACUUCAGGGAAAGAAACUUCUCGGCACAGAAGUGGAGGUUGUGGUGUUUCCUAAAGAGAACCUGAUAUGUUUUACACAACUGCCGUUCAACUUCACAGAACAGGAUCUUGCAGCCUUAGUGGAACCUUAUGGAAAGACAGAGAAAUUGUUUAUGAUGAGAAGUGAAAUGACAGGUUUUAGUAAAGGGUAUGGUUUUGUGGAGUUUUCCCACAACAGAGACCUGUCACAACAAGUGAAAUGCCAGCUGGAUGGUAUGAAUCAGGGUACCUGGACCAGCCACUGUGACUUUGUAGAUCCCGCUAUUGUGAUGUACGAGGACUUGCAUUCCAAGUGUCUGUUUGUGGAUAAUCUUCCUGACAACUAUUACAAUUCUGUCCAAUUCAAGGAAAUGUUUAGUAAGGUGGUGCCUCCUGCAUACUGUCAGUUGGCCAUGAGAAAUGGAGACAGCCUGGGUUUUGGAAUAGUGGGAUUCAGGAAUGCAGUAGAAGCAGAGGUUACCCAACAGCUGACACAUAAUACAACACUUCAAGGACACCAAAUCAAAGUGACAUUUUGUACUCCUGAGCUGUCUUGUGAGGAAACCUACAGGAGGGCUGUAGAGAAACACAACUCAGCCACUUCUGUGACAUCGGUCCAAGGUCUUCUCCACCAGAACCCAGUGUUGUUAAGGAGUUUUACAUCCUUGCUCCAUGAUCUUCAGCAGGUUCUUGGUCAGCAGCCUCAAGAAGGUCCUGAUAUCCGCCUGCUUCUCUCUAAUCCAGGCAUACAGAUGGCACUGGUCCUCCUGUUGUCUGCUCAGAAUACACCCAAUGGACAACAACAGCUGCCUGCUGCAAAAGAACUUCUGACAGACCUUGAAAAUCUGCAGGCUCACCUCAGGGCUCAGGAAAACCUUAUGAACAAAGCACAAAAUUCAUCCCUCCUGGGCAACCCACUCGUAGCAGAAGCCAGUGCCUUCCUGCAGUCUCUGGCUCAGAAAAUCCAUCAAGUGCCACCACCCCCUCUGCAUUCCAUUCCCCAGGAGCAAAUGCCUCUAUACCUGCCAAAUGUUCAUCAUAAACAUGGUGCUGGUAAAAAUCUCAAUGUGCCAAAGACACUGGUCAGUGCUGACACUUCUUUCAUACAUGAUAAUCUUAACAAUUGUCAUCCAGUACAAAAGGUUAAUGGAGGACAGAGUCAAUUUGGUGCUGUGUACAGUUCAAACAGCAAUAUGAUUCAGUAUCAACACCCCAAAACCAGUCAGCCAAAUCAACUGCAGAAUGCGCAUGUGCGUUACAAUCUGAGAAGUAGACAAAAACAACUUCCUUUCCAUGACAAGUGUAAGGAUUUGCAAAAUGUACAGCAAGCAGUUCCUGUUGUCAAAAAUGAACUGACCAGGCCACAAAAAGAGGAUUUUAGAACUCAGCAUGAUUUGUCGGAUUUGGACAAUGUGGGAGAUGUUUUGCAAUUGGGGGAAAUUUUGCAACAAACAGACAACUUGGUGCCAAUCAAAAAAAUUGGAAAAGCACUAAGGCCUGUAAAAUCUACUGUAACUGACAGAAGACUUUGGAAUGAUGAAAAUUCUGACCCAGAAAAACAGAGCAUUCAACCAGUAGAAGUGGAGAACCUAAAACCUGAUGAACAGAAGUGA